AAGCCCAGUUUGUUAACCCGAACCCGAAAGAAACAAAAUAAAACCCUAGCUAGGUUACGGUAUAUAAAAAAAGACGGAGAAAUAACAGAAGCCUCCGCUAGAAGUUUAAGCAGUCCUCUUCGCCGUCGCAGAAUUCUGAGCAUUUUCUCUCCACUCUCAGAAAGAUGGCAGCAUAUGCAGCAAUGAAGCCAACCAAGCCUGGGCUUGAGGAGCCUGCAGAGAUGGUUCACAAGAUUAGGAUCACUCUCUCCUCCAAGAAUGUUAAGAAUCUCGAGAAAGUGUGCGCUGAUUUGGUUCGUGGUGCCAAGGAUAAGAGGCUCAGGGUGAAGGGACCAGUGAGAAUGCCCACAAAGGUCCUUAACAUCACCACUAGAAAGUCUCCUUGUGGAGAAGGUACAAAUACAUGGGACAGAUUUGAGCUUCGUGUCCACAAGCGGGUGAUUGACCUUUUCAGCUCACCAGAUGUUGUGAAACAAAUCACUUCAAUCACCAUUGAACCCGGUGUUGAGGUUGAGGUCACUAUUGCUGAAUCUUAGAUCUCCAAUGUCCUUAGGUAGAUGAGUUACUAUUUUAUAUGUUCUGGUAUUUUGGCCUGCAGACUUGGAUGUAUUACAAGUUUUUUUGAGUUACAAUUUUGCUGUUGAAAAUUUAGACUUUGAUAAAAGCAAAGUGGUUUGUUUAAUUGAUUGCAACUUUCAUGAA